ACAAAAGAAUGAUUAAUAAAAAAAUUACGCAUCUUAGUAAUGUGAAGUGACGUUGCGUAUCAAGACUCUCCCUGGAGUUCUGACCUCAAGCUUUCUCCGGAGGGAAUGAACUAGCAUUGUGGGAGGCGAAAACGACCCCGCGUGAUACCCAUUUUUGCGAAACAAAAUCCACUUUAGGCUCACUUUUCUGGCUGAAAUCCCGGGAAAGGGGGGUUGAACUUCUGUCAUCCGUCUGAGACGAGAAUGGAGAUACUGCUCCACUUCUAAAUUAGGACUCGAGGGGGCUGCUGUUGUUCAACAGCUCCUCGGAGUCAUCGGGUGCUAUGCCGCAGACAUGUUGGCCCGAAAGAGCAUCAUUCCGGAGGAGUUCGUGUUGCCCGGCAUCGCCCCUGCACUGCUCCGCAAGCCCCGCUUCCGGGAGCGGCCGCGAAAACCGCGCUUCAUCGCCAAGAACGGCGCGUGCAACCUGGCGCACAAGAACAUUCGCGAGCAGGGGCGCUUCCUGCAGGACGUCUUCACCACCCUGGUGGACCUCAAGUGGAGGUACACACUGGUCAUCUUCACCAUGUCCUUCCUGUGCAGCUGGCUGCUGUUUGCCAUGAUGUGGUGGCUUGUGGCCUUUGGUCACGGGGACUUCGACUACACGAAGACGGGAGCAGAGCCUUGCGUGACUAGUGUCAAGUCCUUCACAUCAGCCUUCCUGUUUUCAAUUGAAGUACAAGUGACUAUUGGUUUUGGGGGUCGGAUGGUGACAGAACAGUGCCCCAUGGCCAUUACUGUUUUGAUUUUUCAGAACCUUGCUGGAUUAAUCAUUAAUGCUGUAAUGCUGGGCUGUAUCUUCAUGAAGACAGCCCAGGCACACAGGAGGGCAGAAACCUUAAUCUUCAGCAGGAAUGCUGUCAUUGCAGUGCGUAAUAACAGACUGUGCUUCAUGUUUCGCGUGGGAGACCUGAGGAAGAGUAUGAUCAUUGGGGCAACAGUUCGGAUGCAGUUUGUGAAAAAGACUGUCACUCCUGAGGGAGAAGUCAUUCCCAUUCACCAGAUAGAUAUUCAAAUAGAGAAUCCCAUUGAAACAAAUAAUAUUUUUCUUGUAGCACCACUAACUAUCUGCCAUGUGAUUGAUAAAAGCAGUCCACUGUAUUGUCUGUCAGCUACUGACCUACUCAGCAAUGACAUUGAGGUUAUUGUGAUCCUUGAAGGUGUUGUAGAGACUACAGGCAUUACCACACAGGCCAGAACUUCUUAUGUUGCAGAAGAAAUUCAGUGGGGCCAUCGUUUUGUGCCUAUUGUGACCGAGGAAGAAGGAGUGUAUGCUGUGGACUAUUCCAAAUUUGGGAACACAGUGAAAGUGGUUGCCCCUCGCUGCAGUGCCAAAGAACUUGAUGACAAACCAUCCAUUUUAAUCCAGACUCUUCAAAAGAGUGAACUUUCACACCAGAACUCCUUGCGAAAGAGGAACUCCAUGCGGAAGAACAACUCCAUGAGACGAAACAAUUCAAUUCGAAGGAAUAACUCUUCCCUCAUGCUGCCCAAGGUUCAAUUUAUCACUCCAGAAGGAAGCCAAAAUAUGUCAGAUACGUGACACACUCUGAUGAAUUUUGCUCUCAGCACUGAUCACCAUGGGCAGAUUUUGUUUACAAAUUUUGGAAAGCACAUUCAGUGCUGCAGAACAGGUUUCUGUUAGAGGGUAGUGCGCAUGGUAAUGUUAUAGAACUGAUAACAUACAUUAAAGAAAAAAAUAUGCAAAAGGUUUACUAAAUAGUAUGAAACGAUGCAUUUUAUAAUAUUAUGGAAGGUAUGUAAUAUUUACAUAUCACUACAAUUUAGCAUUAAAUUGUCUGGCCUUGCAUGCCUGAACAGUAACGUUUUAAAACCAAGAAUCAACUUUAAUUUCCAGUUUUUAUGGUACCUGUCAUUUGAAGCAAUGCUAUAAACAGUAAACAUUUUGCUAAAUAUAAAACAUAGGAUCUCUGACUAAAAAUGCAUUGCAUCUGUGUAUUUCUUAAGCAAUGUAUUUGUUGUUUAGAAUUAACAAAAUGAAGGGGUAAAAUGUUGACAUUGAAUGAACAUUAGCAUCAAGUUUCUCAACAUGUUAAAACAAUAUAUUCAGUUAUUGCGGCAGGACUCCUAUCGUGUGUAACUGUAACCCUAAAAAUAGGGCUGGCAUGACCACACCCACAAGUAAUUAGUGCAUUGAAAGCAGUGGCAUUCAGCAGUCAAAAUUGUACAACCCCUUCUAUAGUGAAUGUUAUUACUUAUUGUAAUCAUUUUUACAAUUUGUCACGGUCACAUAAACAAAGACAUAGAACUACUGGCAGUUCAAUCACUAAGUGUACAGUAGUAUUUUCGGUCUGUUUCUAGGAUUGCUGGAUGUCAUUUCAAUUUGAUUGCUGGAUGGAUAAACAGAAAAAUAUUUUAGUUGUAAUCAACUAUCAUCCUCUCCAGGGGAGUCAUGUAUAAAACUGUGUGGAUUCGUGUGAAAAUGUGCACACAGCAAAAAAACAGGAAAAUUUGAAUGUCAAAAAAAAAAAUAGAUUUAUAAAUCCUGGUGUACACACAUUUCUGCACAAUUUACCAUUUAUAACUCACAAUCACUUUGAGGCACAUUCACAUAUGAAUAUUUAUAAACACUUCCUUGGUUAGUUUCCCUCCUGACAUACCAAGAUCCCACCACUUGCAUUCAAGAGUCUGGCUGUGCUCUGCAACUAAGAGGACAAGGUUAUGUGUGGCAUUAUAGUUCCUCUUCUCAAUGCUCUAAAAAGGUGUGGGUAAGGUGUAAGGCACUACUAUCUGUGCGAGUAGCCGCUAUCACCAGGCACAAGUAAUGACGUGACUGCUGUUACAAUGAAUAGUACAGGCCAUAUGAAACACUGAGGGUUCAGCCAGUUAUCUUACCAACAAGACAGACACCACAUGCAACACCAUCACAUCUGUCAAAGCUACUUUGCCGCAAAAUAAAUUAAUCACACGUUGACCCAAGCCAUUGACGCACAAUGUUUGCCAGUUGCAUCUUGGAUGACUUGUGCAUUAAUGAAAUGUAACUGCUUACAGUUAGCAAAAGCAGCUUAAGUCUUACCAGGUGCAAUAUGAGUGCAGUAAAGUGCUCCAAUUACAUUAGGAGAAUUGGACACUGUUGCAAAUUCCCUUUUUAUUUUAAUUUUUAAAUUUUUUUUUAAUGAAUGUACACCCACACCAUACUAAAACUGGAUAUAGUGCCUUACUGGUCAGUUAAUGGCUUCCAGGACAGCAGGCACAAUGAAGUGAAACUUAAUGGAGAUAUUCCUGACCUGUCGGACAGUUCCCUGAGAAGAGAUAACAGGUAGUUGAUAUAAACUGAUGAAGAAACAUAAAAUGUAAUCAGUGCAUAUACAUAGCAUUGGCCCUCUUAAAAGGCAGCUAAAAUAGAGUCUGUACAUCAUAUUCAUUAAUUUUCAUAUAUAUGUCACAUCAAUACACAUUAUAACAACAGCUCAGUGAUAAGAAUUAUUAUUUAUGCAAUUUCUCAUUAGCUGGUUUGACUGCAUUUCACUACUUGAUCAAGGGUAUAGUCAUUUUACCAGUUUCUCCGAAAUGUUGCGUACUCAUGUUUCAGAGUUGCCGUCAAGUGUUCUUUUAUAAAUCCCGAUAUUGGCAAAGACAUGUUGUAUACACACAUUUCAAGUCUCUUUUUGUGUGUACGCAAGUUUUACAAAUGAGGUUUGAUUCCUGGCUUGUACCUCCUAUUGUGCCCAGUAUAAUGUACAUUUGAUGGAAUAAAAGCAAGUGUAGGUAGACUUGUUAGGGAUUGGUUCAGACAGAUCAUUAAAGUGUUUUUUAAAUAUGAAUUACAUUUUGCCAUAAUUAACUCACCAUUUCAAUGGAUCUAGCAGUUAUGAGAAAAAGGAUGGAGUGAAAAUAAGAACAAUUUUGAUGAGAACAGAGCAUUCCACCUAACAUAGUUUGUCAAUUUCUUUUAAACUAACUUCUGCAGAAUAUCAUUAUGUCACGAUAAGUAGGUUUGCAAAGUACUAGUAUCAAUCACACUACUUGAUACUUUAUUCCACAUGUCUAUGGUGUUCUGUUUGAAGAAAAAUCUUCUAGUAUUUGUGUCAAAUUUUACCCUUAACCAGCUUUUAUCAUUAUAUUAGCUUGAAUAGGCUAUAUGCACACUCUCUUACACAUUCCGCAUCAGCCGUCUUCUUCACUUCUGGUGCUGAUAUCAAAACAAACUAGCUAUGGCAUUUUUCACCUGAUCGCUUCAAGAUGUGCCCAGACUUGCCAAACGUCACAAGCUCAAAAGGAGAAGGACUUCAAACUAUAUCUUUCAAGCUACCUCCACAAUUAGAAGGUAAGAUCCAGACAUAUUAAAAAAUUGUGUCUUCUAUGAACCUAUAUGAGACUAAUACGUGAUUACAUUAGGCUUCUUUAAGAAAAAACAUAAUUUUAAUAAUUAGGCAUUAAACUUUGUUCAGGGACAGGUGAAAAUGUAUGUCAGCUUAAUACAUAAUAACAUGAGUCUGCUGGACAUCUUACCCUGUAAAUAAGUAAAUGUCUGUGCCAGCAAAAUGGUGAAUACCAUUCUAAGGGCCUCAAUUUGUUUCCUCAGCUUGAGGAUCUCACCGACAGACAUGUUUUCAUCAAGUGCUAUAUCGACAACUGGAUCCAGAGAUGAAGUAUAGUCGUGGUCCAUGAGAAUUUUAUCAUCUUCCUCUAUGCACAGUGUCUCGUCCUCUGUUGGUCGCUUCUCCUCUUCCAAACCCCAGGUCUUGAAAGUGGAAUGCAGAAAUUGUUCCACUCAAACAUUUCAGGAACUGCUCCCUUCUUCAACAGUCAUUGCCCUGUCUCAGAACCUGGCACACGAAAAUCCUGUUUUUUUUUAAAUUCCUGCUACAAACUCGGGUAUGGGAAUUAACUGUAAAGCUCACUCUCCAGGUAGUGACAAUCUAUUUAGAUCGGGUUUCUGCAUUUAUGAAAACUAAGUACCUUGCUGUACUUACUGGAAGCAUAAAGGUACACAACAAUGUUCAGCUGUAGAGCUGUCUGUAUGCUGCAACUUAACUUUCUUUUUCUCAGACAUUCUCACUAUGAAACAAAAAUCACAACUGUGAUAGACAAUAGAAGUACAUCAGUACUACUGUGUGCUUAUAGCGUAUCGCAGAUUUACAUCAUACAACAAUUUACGAAUUCCCUUCAUUAUUUAGAACAUUUUCAUCCUACCUCAUCUUGACCUUUGUUUGCUUAAACUGAAAUGAUUCAGCACCUUCAAUAUUUCAUGCCAGCUCAAGCCCACAGUCCUAUAAUCAACCUAGAUGCUCUUCUCUGGACUUUCUCUAGCACAGCUAUAUCUUUUUUGUAGUAUGGUGACUACAACUGGACACAAUACACUGGAAAUGAUAUGCUCUCCUCACAGACUUGUAGUAUGGUAGUUAAGCAUGAUGCUCCUUGUUCAGUGUCAGUGCUAGCUGAUUUUGCACCCUAGACCAAGCUUAUUAGCGCACCAACCAACUGUUUGGUAGCUAACCUGUGCAGCUGGGUUUUUCCCCACCUUAUGAUCUGCACCCUAGGCGAAUGCCUAAUUUGCCUUAAUGAUGGUGCCAGCCCUACCCUCGUCUAAACCCAUGUAGACUGUUCACUAACACAUUUGUACUUGUUAGGUGUUUGAUCUUCUCUUUGUAAUCAUUUCCAUUAAUUUACCCAUGAUAAACUUUAAGCUUACUAGCUAACAGAAUGACUCUAAUUAUUAUUUUACAUCAUUUUCUUAAUUAGAAGUUUUAUUUAUUAAGUGGAACUAUGCAUCUGAGUUCUGUAGGGUGGAAGCUGUCACACAACUCAUAAGCCAAGGAUACUGUUCCAGACUAGUAUGCCUUCUCAGUGCAAGAGGGUGUCUUAUGCCCAAAGAUCUGAUGUCAGAUUGUGUGGUUCUUCCAACUUGUUCAAGUGUAAUUGUAUUUUUAUCUGUUCUGUUACAUACUGGUUUUUCUUGUUUUAUGUAGUAUAUUUGUCAUUAUUUCUUCAACCAACAUUAAAAAUACUUAUCCAAAAUGUUUAGUUAAUUUAAAGGUGGUGGUAAAGAUAUGUUUAUUGGUGGACAGGAACAUGAUAAAUAUUAGGCAAACAAAAUGCACGGUUGAUCUGGUUUGUUAAAGCAAUAAGGCGUCUGAUGUGGCUUCAUCAUCUCUAAGCCACAUUGUACCAAGAGAAUGGUAAAAAUGAGCAGCACCAAUUCUAUAUAUAAAAUAGAUUAAAAUGCUAUGUAGAUCACAUCAUUUUAAAUUGCUAUUCUAUAGGAAAUAUAGUUAUU